UGGUGUUAUCGAAAGGCAGCCAGGACGAGCCAAGAAUUAAUGUAAAAAGACCACUAACCUGUCUAGGCACAUUGAUUAUCAAACAUGGCAUCCUAGCCGAUCGAUAAUAGAGAGCAUCACAAUAUCAAGGACGGGAUGGUUAACCAUCUUCGACAUCUUUAACGAACAGUUAAGCGACACCCGCAAUAUGGGGAUUCGAACCGCCCUCUCCGACAACGCCGGGCUGCAGAGCUCCCUGAUAUAGAUUUGAUGAGAUUUCGGAACAGACUUUACCCAGAUGGAUGGACGCCAUGACGACGCUCAUCAUCAUCAUUCGCCUUCCCUGCGCUUCCACAACCCCUGGCCUCAAUCCGCAUUUCACUUCAACGGUUCGAUCAAACACCCGUAGCCGUAGCUGCUCUCGCUCCUUCUCACCUGCUGACUGCAGCUCCAUCAAAUCGAACUAUCCAAAUCAAGGCAGAAAGAGAAAUCCCUUCUGAUCUCUUCCCAUAAAUAAGGCUCUUGUUAUGAUUAACACCUCCUCAUCCCAACGUCACUCAAUUUGACACUUUUGCCCAAAACGAUGCCAUUGUUGGGUGAGAGGUGACCAAAAUGCCCUCCGCAUCAUACAGGCGAUAUCGGAGCUGCUUCGCUGCAAUCAUGGCCGUUGAUUAUUGUACGUAAUAUCUCUCAAGAGCCGUUAGACGUAGCUACGUUAGAUUUCCACCCUAUAAAAUGACUGGUUGGCGCCCUCUCCAAUGGACCGCAGCGAGCGCAAGAGAUCGAUCGGGGAUGGUUCUUUUCGUUCGAACUUUUUUUAGUUCCUCGGCUCUCAUUGCCCUUGUUCUGGGCAUCCACUUGGCCGUACAAGGCCGUGAAAUUAAGGAAGGCUGUGGGGGUGGCAAUUGUGGCCUGAGCUCGGAGGCAGUUAAGGUGGAGAGGGCGAAACCGUUGAAUUCAGCUGAAAAGAGCAUGGAAAAGGAUUUGGUGGGCUGGGAAAUGAGGUGGGUGCCUUCUGGUCCGGACCCGCUGCACCACAAUAGCAGUCCUAAGAAGCCGCAGACACCUUGACCAGCUUGUUGUGAGCAAAUGUGUUUUAACUUCUUUUUUUGUACGAGGACUGCGAAUCAGAUAUGGACGAGCAGUAUUUAGAGUAAAUGUAAAUGUAUGUUGCAUGUAUAGCGAUCAAAUGUUAAUUCUCAGUUAUAAAUCCAUGCUCUAAUAGUUUCAAAC